CCAGAAAUUUGGGGUUUUUGGGGAAAAAUUCCCAUGGGAAUCCCGAAAUUCCCAGGCUCAGAGCCCCCCAGAAAUUUGGGGUUUUUGGGGAAAAAUUCUCAUAGGAAUUCCAGAAUUCCCAACCGCAGAGCCCCCAGAAAUUUGGGGAUUUUUGGGGAAAGAUUCCCGUGGGAAUCCCAGAAUUCCCAACUACAGAGCCCCAGAAAUUUGGGAUUUUUGGGGAAAAAUUCCUGCGGGAAUCCCGGAAUUCCCAACCCCGGCACGACAGCGACGCCCGCGACGAGCUCUGACCCCCAGAUUAUCCCGGGAAUUUGGGGAGGAAUUCCCAGCCCUGGAACCCCCCCAAAAUUUGGGAUUUUCCGGGAAAAAUUCCCAUGGGAAUUCCAGAAUUCCCAACCCCAGAGCCCCCCAAAAAUUUGGGGUUUUCCGGGAAAAAUUCCUGUGGGAAUCCCAGAAUUCCCAGGCUCAGAGCCCCCAGAAAUUUGGGAUUUUGGAGAAAAAUUCCUGUGGGAAUUCCAGAAUUCCCAACCCCAGAGCCCCCAGAAAUUUGGGGUUUUUGGAGAAAAAUUCCCAUGGGAAUCCUGGAAUUCCCAAACAUGGAAACCCCCAAAAUUUGGGGUUUUUGGGGGAAAAAUUCCCAUGGGAAUUCCAGAAUUCCCAACCCGAGAGCCCCCCAAAAUUUGGGAUUGGGAAAAAUUCCCAUGGGAAUCCUGGAAUUCCCAACUCCAGAGCCUCCCCGAAAUUUGGGGUUUUUGGGGAAAAAUUCCCAUGGGAAUCCCGAAAUUCCCAGGCUCAGAGCCCCCAGAAAUUUGGGAUUUUGGAGAAAAAUUCCUGUGGGAAUUCCAGAAUUCCCAACCCCAGAGCCCCCCAAAAUUUGGGGUUUUCUGGGAAAAAUUCCCAUGGGAAUCCUGGAAUUCCCAAACAUGGAAACCCCCAAAAUUUGGGGUUUUUGGGCAAAAAUUCCCAUAGGAAUUACAGAAUUCCCAACCCCAGAAAUUUGGGAUUUUGGGGAAAAAUUCCCAUGGGAAUCCCAAAAUUCCCACCAGCGACGCCCGCGACGAGCUCGGACCCCAAAAUUCCCCAAAAUUUGGGGUUUUUUAUUCCCAAAUAAAGUUUUCUAUUUUUAUUUUUAA